AUGUAUCAUGAUAUAGGUUGCAAUAACGAUCGAUUUUUGAUGUUUGAUGACGACGCAACUGGACCUAUCAACAAAGAUGUUUCUUUUGGAGAUAAUUUCAGUCAGGAAUCAGAAACAUCUAUUCUGAAUAACCCAUUAGCUGAUACAUCGAUUCCUUUAAUGCAAACAGAUACAAGUUCAACUCGUGACUUAUUCUGGUUGGAUUCACUUGUUGUGCCGGUGCUGAACGAUAAUCCAGCAGAUUCUGUUGAGAAGAUUUUGUCAACCGGCUUCGUCAACGAAAUAAAUGAAGAGGCAUCGUUUCAGCCAAGGAGUAAUAUCACAUUUGACGGUAAGAUAUUUUCAGCAUCGGAAAAGCAUGUUCCAUGCAUUAAUAUGAAACAAUUCAGUUGUUCAUUGGACGAUUUUCUAGAGAUAUUUGGCACUGAUAAUAUCAGUCAGCAAAUCGCUGCUUAUCCUGUUGAGCCACAGCUAGAAGUAUCAUCAACAUCAACAAUAAGUCAAGAUGAUAACUGGAAACUAUUAGAGAUCAUACCUGAUAUCCGUCAUUUGAUACCGAAUGGUUGGCAUGCUUAUGUCCGUGUUACUCGGAUACUAACAAGAAGAAUUCAUGAUCUAUUCUUCCUCCAUCCAUAUAAUUUAAACGCCAAUGAUGCAGAUGUAAAGGAGAAUUAUAGUUCUUUAUAUCAUCGGAUAGAUCAAGAGGAAAUGAAAAAUGGUUUGAAAAGGUUUUCACGAUUAAUCAUGAUCCGAAUGAAACAAACUUUAUUGUCUAAUCGAUUAUUGUCAUACUCACCGAAUGAAAUUGUACCAGCAUAUGCCCAACCAUGCAAUAAUGAUCAGCCCAAAAAGCUAAUCGAAGAUUUCAGUUUAAAGACAUGUCUAUUGGCAUUCGAUAUUGUAUUCGAGGCUCCUGAUGGCCUAUAUUAUCCAACUGGUAUAAGCUGUAUCUCUCACGAGAUAGUUGAAUGUAAGCAGAAUGAACAAUCAAAUGCUUGA